AAGGAAACGGCAAGCAUCCAUGGCUGCAGCAACACAACAUCUAGUUCCAUUUUUUCAUCGAGCCAUGAGACCACACCCAUCUUAGGCCUACCGUGUGAUAACGAUGCUUCCUUACGAAAUGGCGAAGAACGACAAACAAAAGGGGCCCCAACAGCGAAGCUCAGCGCUCCCGAACGCAGCGGUACCGGCCAGCUUUCAGUCGAUGCCAAAUGGCGAGAACAAUAUUGCUACAAAGGCGGCUACUUAUCCUUUGUUAAAUGAAAACACCAAUGCAGCCUUACCUUCAUAUCCGCCACUUAUCCAGUAUCAACCUGCUCCUGAGUACUUGCAGGUACCACAAUGGAUUCCCGCAGCAUCUAUGUACAAUCCAGCGAUUCAAGGGUUUCCUUCUUCGCAUGGAAUCCAACCUCAUGACGCACCACCACAAUUUUCUGGCUACGCGGUAGCGAUGCUGCCCCCGAUGUUGCCCCCCAAGGAAAUGGGCGUAGCUGGAGUUCUGAAUACAGCUCCAGGGGCCGAAUCGUGGAGUGCCAUGAAUGCUAGUCUUCAGCCAUCGCCGCAGAAUAAGUUACCUUCGAUUUCGUAUCACCGGUCACCUCUCACUCCAAAAGGGACGAGCCUUCUUGGUCUUAGCCAUCCACAACUGUACAACCCAAAUUUCCUUGCAACUCCCCCAGUUCAGCCACCUGAAAUUGCCAUGUUGAGACAGCAACAACUCCCGCAGGGGUUGUCCUGGGUGGGAGGCACAAAUGGAAGUCCUCCUUUUUCUCCUUCACUGGACAAGACCAAGUUUUCUCUACAGCAGCAACACAAUGCGGCUGGGACUGGGACCAACCUUGCUCCAGGUCCGAUCAGUUGGGAUGUCCCUCCCCAGAAUCGACCGACAGAGCUUGCGUCCGUUCUAACCCAUGCUGCGGACUCAUGGAUGCACAAGCUUGAUCAGUUGCACCCAUCCCAAGCUCUCGAGACAAUUCAGGAUGGGAGUGCCUCCAAACUUUGUGAAGUGAAACCAGAUACCAAAACCAAGUGCUUCCCCAUUUCGGAGGACGACGUAAAUCGCCACGACGUGCUUUCUGGUCGUGGAUCGAAAUUCAAUGCUCACGAGGGCAACAUGACGUUUCGUGCACUGGUCUCCAAAUACAAGAAGGCGUAUCAGUGCGCGCAACGAUCCGCGAAGCGUAAGCUCGUAGGCAAGCUUGUCCACUUUGUCCGAGAAGGCCGGGGUCGGUUCCUUCAGCAAGACAAGAGUGACGGGAUGUGGUACGAGAUUGGCGAUGACAAAGCUUACUCCAAGUUAGCCCAGCUCCUUCGGGAAGGCUCGUCUGCUGCUUCCCUAUGCCGCGAGCUUGCGUCAGGAGCGAACGGCAACCAGUUUGAGCAGACAUUGAAGAAUACCAACAAUUGUUCCACUACGUCUGCCAAAACAACAGGAGACAACAAGCUGAUUUGAUUGAUUAGAAUCAAAUGAAUGGUAGCCUAUUCUAUCAUAGAGGAUCUGGUCUGUUCCCAUAGAGGCAAAGUUUCACGUGUAUGCUACUCUAAAAAGAGAAGAUUUAUUAGUUCGAGACACUUUUGAGUGUAAC